AUGAGCAACGAUUUACUGGCCAAUUUAAAUGCGUUCAAGAACAAGGUGAAGACUUCUCCAGCGCUCACUACAAGGAAAGUUUUAGCUAAUAAAGAUAGAGAUGGACAAACGAAUGGGAACGGUAAAUCUACGGAAGUGAUAGAAGUGGAUGAUCCAAAUUCCGAUGAGAAGGAUAUGCCUCUGAAGAAAAGGGCCAAGAGUAGUAGCGUCGCUCCAACGGGCCAGUUGGAUAGUACACAUCUUUCCACGAAGAUGCUUAUAGCCACAGAAUAUAUCCAAGAAAGAGGGGAAGCAGUACCGGUAGAUCAAAUCGAAUCAUAUCUUUCGUUACCUAAGGAUAAUAAUGUGAUUCCGAUGUUAAAGGGGUUACAAAAAUUCAAGUUUGACCCAAAGAGGAACACUUUACAGUACGUAUCCAUUUACGAUGUGCAUUCUGCGGAGGAAUUGCUACAACUAUUAAGAUCACAGGCGACGUUCAAGGGUAUAUCAUGUAAAGAGUUAAAAGAUGGUUGGCCACAAUGUUUUGAUACAAUCGACGAGUUAGAAGCAAAGAACAGAAUCCUUGUUCUUCGGACAAAGAAGGAUAAUUCUCCAAGGUUUGUCUGGUAUAACCAUGCUGGUCCAUCAAGGCAAAUCGAUGAAGAGUUCGUUACGAUGUGGGAAGCUUGUAAGCUACCUCAGCGUAGUGAAUUACCAAGAAAACUACAAGAUUUGGGUCUCAAGCCUGCUAGUGUGGAUCCUGCUACGAUCAAGAAUGAGCAAACCACAAGGAAAGAGGUCAAGAAACGUAGAUCAAGAAAGGGUAAAGUUACCAAUACACAUAUGGCUGGUAUAUUGAGAGAUUAUUCCGAUAGGGUAUGA